AUCGGUUUCACCUCAGCAAGACGUAAUGGAGCAGAGCAGGGACAGUAGGAGCCGCGUGCGGCACGCACGUCGGCGGGUCGGGCGUAGAACACACCGUGCGUGUGUGAGCUGCAAGGAGAAGAAGCUCAAGUGUGACGAUCAGACGCCGGCAUGUGCCAACUGCUCUCGUCUGUCAUUGACUUGUCUCUUCGAAGACCCCGAGACAAAGCAACAUCGGCCGCGAAACUAUCUAGAGACAUUGGAAGCACGUGUCGCUUUUCUCGAAGAUGGAAAUCAAAUUUCUCUGGUUGGGGGUUCUUCAUCUUCUCUUCCAACUCCAGAAAGGCAGCAAGGGAGCAGUCGACACGGCACGUUGAUUUCCGAUGAGGGGGACGGGACGACAGAUCUCUCUCUCCAAGCCAGAAUCUUGGAUGUUAGAAGCACCCAGACAGAGCCACAGUAUCUAGGCUCUUCAUCCACAUUUGCCUUUUCACACAUAAUCAACUCGUCUUUAUGUCGCCAUCUGCCGGAGAGGUCGAAGCCUCUACUUGGUCUGCUGACCAGACGGGCUCCUUCGCCGUACAUGUCCUUUUUGCCGGAUGAAGAACUGGCAUUCACACUUAGCAAUGCAUACUUUGCGAAUAUUCAGCCUCAGUAUCCAUUUCUUCACGAGCCGACGUUUAGGCUUUGGGAAAAGACGCUUGCUACGCAGUCACACGAGGUUCCCAACUCGAGUCUCAACUCUCUUCCUUUAUUCUUUGUGAACAUGGUAUAUGCCGUUGGGGCUCUUCUAUUCCCUAAUUAUCAAUCUUUAGCAGAGCAACUUUAUACUUCGGCCCAGCUAUAUUCGGACGUGCUCUCUUUGGAUAACCUAGAGACAAUACAAGCCCUCCUAUGUUACGCCAUGUACUCUCUGAGGUCUCCUAUCGGCCCAUCACUGUGGAAGGUAACUGGCCUCGCUUUGCGCCAAUGCAUCGAACUCGGCUACCACCGCAAGAACAAGCUCCUUGGUCCGCUGGGCAAUGAUAUCCAUCUCCAAAUACGAAGACGAACUUUUUGGUGUGCCUAUGGCAUAGAGUGUAUGGUCUCGCUGUGGCUCGGCCGGCCACUGUCACUGCCGCUGCACGAAGUCAGCGCUGAGUUUCCAAUGGACUUUAAUGAUUCACUCAUUACCGAUACCCUCCAAGGCACCCCUAGGUCACCCAAUAAUCCCCCAACCAGCAUGUCGACUGCCAUACAUGUUUUUCGACUUCGGUGCCUAUGGGCUCGCAUACAUCACUCUUUAUAUUCAGAAAACGCACUAGCUAAUGCAAAUGACGUUACCUACAGGUCUCGAAUAGAAGAGCUUCGUGCCGAGCUCGAUGAGUGGCUAGCCUCGGCUCCGCAGGUUAUACCCCGAACUGGCCGCACGCUCUCUAUAUUCGCUACGAGAGCUUGGUACGAGCUCAACUAUAACUACACGGUCCUCCUUCUCUACCGGACUGAAUUAGCAGAAGGCAGAGACUCCGCCAAUACUAUAUUCUCAGACUGCAUAAAAGCCGCCAAGGAUAUCUGCACGCAGUACCGGCGCCUGUAUGUCGGCACUCCUAUCAGACAUACCUGGGGGACGCUCCGCUGUAUAUUUUUUGCAGGACUCGUGUACCUACACUGCCUGUGGACCGCUCCAGGGAUCCGUGACACCAUUCAAUACGACGACGUGAGCAGGACCUGCACGGACGCAACCAUGGUGCUUGUGGUGAUUGCUCAGGCUUGGGAGGAGGCAGCACCGUAUCGAGAUUUAUUUGAGACGCUUGCAAACCGUACUAUGACCAUGAUUGUAAACAGAAAUAACGGAGUGCAUACCUCGUCAUAUCCCAGGGCUUCUGCGGAUCCAACUGAUCAGGAAACGCUGACCCAGUGGAUGGCAGAUAUUGCAAACACGGGCAUGUCGGAUGAAAUGGAGGAGCUUCUAGCGGGAUUUAUCGAUGAAUUUAUGACUUAUGAUGUAUCUAGUUGAUUGUUUCAUGAUGAAGAUUAUUAUCAAUUCU